UCUAUCUUCGUAUGUGAGUCAUAAUUUGGCAGGAUGCUGAGCGAGUGGAUGUUGGGACUAAAGAAUUGAAUCAAUGUUUUGUAUUGUUUUCUUAGUAGUGUGGUGUUCUUGAGGUGAAUAAAAGAAAAUAUUUUUCCUUCCGUGUUUUCAAGACGAGGAGUCAAAGUAUAUCAUGAAUGAAGUAGGUGUGAAGGCGAAGGUGCCGAAAACAAGCCCUAUUACAGACGACUAUGAAAUUUCCAACACAGUGUUAGGUCUUGGUAUUAAUGGGAAGGUCGUCCAGUGUUACAACAAGAGAACGAGGGAAAAGUAUGCUUUGAAGGUGCUGCAUGACAAUACGAAGGCAAGGCGGGAGGUCGAUUUGCAUUGGAGGGCCAGCAACUGUCGGCAUAUUGUGCAUAUAAUUGAUGUCUAUGAGAACAGUUACAGUGGAAACAAGUGCCUUCUUGUUGUUAUGGAGUGCAUGGAAGGUGGUGAACUGUUCCAGCGAAUACAAGACAGGCAAGAUGGAGCCUUCACUGAAAGAGUGAGCCUGUCAGAUUUUCCUGAAGUUUCAACAAGGACGGCCAGUGAUAACUUCAGUGCAGUUGCACAACACACUCAAACUGUUACAAGAAUCUGUGAAUUGCUGCAAGUGAUGAGGAUAUUUGGCAAGGAGCACUACAUCAACAAAGCAGCAGAAAUAAUGAGAGAAAUCUGCCUAGCUGUCAAACAUCUUCAUGAUAUGAACAUUGCUCACAGAGAUCUGAAGCCAGAAAAUUUGCUUUAUACAAAACCAGAUCAUACAGGUAUAUUGAAACUGACUGACUUUGGGUUUGCUAAAGAAACCUUUUCAAAGGAUACACUGCAAACACCAUGCUACACACCAUAUUAUGUUGCACCUGAGGUACUUGGACCAGAAAAGUAUGACAAGAGCUGUGACAUCUGGUCUUUGGGUGUUAUAAUGUAUAUUCUGUUAUGUGGUUUCCCACCCUUUUACAGUAACCAUGGCCUGGCAAUAUCACCAGGUAUGAAAAAACGUAUACGAACAGGGCAGUAUGAUUUUCCAAACCCUGAGUGGCAGAAUGUUUCACAAGAUGCAAAAGAUCUUAUCCGUGGUAUGCUUUGUAUCGAACCGACCCACCGCCUUACGAUAGAUCAAGUGAUGCAGAAUAAAUGGAUUGCUCAAUAUACAGAAGUACCACAGACUCCUUUACAUACCGGUAGAAUGCUGCGAGAAGGGGAAGAUAUCUGGCCAGAAGUUCAAGAAGAAAUGACACGCUCAUUAGCAACUAUGAGAGUUGACUAUGACCAGGUUCACAUAAAAAAUUUAGAUAAUUCGAACAACCCUCUUCUCAAUAAACGUCGUAAACGUGUUGCAGGAGAUGCUGGUGGUAUUCACCAGCAAUAGUUUUGAACAGUGUCUGAAAUAUUUGCUAUAUUGAAUGGUGCUGUUAACAAAGUGAAGUGUGCCACAAUAGAACAUUGAUGGGGGGGUUAUAUAAGACUCUGUACUGGGCUUAGUUUUGUGGUAAAGUGAUUUGUGAAACUGUAUGUGUGUCUGUGUGUGUUAAGUUUUUUUGGCAUUUCAUAGGGGAGUAUUAACUUUGAGUAACAGAAAGUGCAGAGUUUGGUAGUACAAAUUCUUACAUCUGAGUUAAAAAUAUAGUGAAAACGAGAGUUUUGUAUUGGUUGUAUGAUACUGUUUCUAUACAGUAAAUCAUUGAUAAUUUUU